GCGCCUGGUAGGUGAUUGGAGGAAUUUUGGCUUUUACUUUUAGUGAGAUGGGAGGCCAGCGGAAGGCGUAGAGCAGAGGGUAGUCUCAUUUUAGAGAUUAGGAAAAUAAGAGGCUACCCCACAGUAAGUGCACCAGUUGCGUUUAAAGAAAAAAAGUGUAUAUUAACAGGAGGUAGCCACUGAUUUGGGGCCACUAGUCCAGAGAUUCGAAAUGAAGCGGGAGGAGACACGUUAAGAUUAAUCUACAGGGAAACAAAUUAUUUACACCGAAAUACAAUUUAACACAAACAUACGCAAAGAGAUAUGCCAAAGAGUACUCGGGGGCUCUGUUCAGGCACUUGUUAAUGAAAACGAAGCGAAUCUUGACGCCUUAAACCCUGUCUAGCCUACUUGAUUCCGGGGGUGGGGCUGUGGGAAUCGCUGCCCACCCUGAAUCCGGCCUGCCCCGAGCAUGGCCACGCCCCAGCCACGCCCCGCCGACGGCCUGCGGCCGGGGUUGGCCGCGGCGGUGGCUGAGGCCACGGUACCCGGAAGUGCGGCUGACGUGUCCCGGCAGCGCUCGGAAUUGUGGGCGACUCGGCUAAUGGCGUCGGCGAGUCUUAGGGGCCUGGGGAGCUGGCGCUGAAGCUUCUUGCCAGGUUGGCUGGUGGCACCCGGUGUGGCUGGGCCCCGCGGCAGCGGAGGGACCUGCCCGCCUUGUGGGUUCCUCGGCCGGAGUCGGCGGAGCCUAGCGGGACGGGGCGACUGCGGGGGGCGCCUCCGAGAGAAGCCGGAGGUGUUGCGGGGAGGCUGCUGGGGGACGCUCGAGUAGGCUCCGGGUUCGCAACCCAGGGCCCGGCAGAGCACCUGCAGGGCCCAAGAAGUGGGCUGCUGAAGGACCAGAGACACCGGGAGGGAGCUGCCUGUGGCCCCAAGUUGCUGACAGUGCCAGAGCUUGUUUGUACCUCUCGGAAAUUGGCUGGGACCUUGGAGGAUCAUGUCCGGCACCAGCAGCCCCGAGGCGGUGAAGAAGCUGCUGGAGAAUAUGCAGAGCGACUUGCGCGCCUUGUCAUUGGAGUGCAAGAAGAAAUUCCCACCUGUCAAAGAGGCUGCUGAAUCAGGAAUAAUAAAAGUUAAAACAAUUGCUGCACGAAACACUGAAAUUUUGGCAGCACUGAAAGAGAACAGCUCAGAGGUUGUACAGCCUUUUUUAAUGGGUUGUGGAACCAAGGAACCGAAGAUCACUCAGCUAUGUUUGGCUGCUAUUCAGAGACUCAUGUCACAUGAAGUCGUGUCUGAGACUGCAGCUGGAAAUAUAAUUAACAUGCUUUGGCAGCUAAUGGAGAAUAGUCUUGAAGAACUUAAGCUACUUCAAACAGUUCUUGUUCUUUUAACAACCAAUACAGUAGUUCAUGAUGAGGCACUUUCUAAGGCAAUUGUUCUUUGUUUUCGACUACACUUCACAAAAGAUAAUAUUACAAAUAAUACAGCUGCUGCUACAGUGCGACAAGUUGUUACUGUUGUUUUUGAGAGGAUGGUUGCUGAAGAUGAACGACACAGAGAUAUUAUAGAACAACCAGUACUGGUACAAGGAAAUAGUAACAGAAGAUCUGUCAGUACCCUCAAACCUUGUGCUAAAGAUGCAUAUAUGCUUUUCCAGGAUCUUUGUCAGUUGGUUAAUGCUGAUGCUCCUUAUUGGCUAGUGGGCAUGACAGAAAUGACUCGGACGUUUGGCCUCGAAUUACUUGAGUCAGUCCUCAAUGAUUUUCCACAGGUCUUUUUACAACACCAAGAAUUUAGUUUCCUCCUCAAAGAAAGGGUAUGUCCUCUUGUGAUAAAGCUCUUUUCUCCAAAUAUAAAGUUCAGACAAGGUUCCAGCACCUCGUCUUCUCCAGCACCAGUUGAAAAACCAUAUUUUCCUAUCUGCAUGCGUUUGCUGAGAGUAGUAUCUGUUCUGAUUAAGCAGUUUUACAGUCUUUUGGUAACUGAAUGUGAGAUAUUUCUGUCACUUCUGGUGAAAUUUCUGGAUGCAGAUAAACCACAGUGGCUACGAGCCGUUGCAGUGGAAUCAAUACACAGAUUCUGUGUGCAGCCUCAACUAUUAAGGUCAUUUUGUCAGUCCUAUGAUAUGAAACAGCAUUCUACCAAGGUUUUUCGUGAUAUUGUAAAUGCACUGGGAUCUUUUAUACAGUCCUUGUUUCUUGUCCCCCCUACUGGAAAUCCUGCAACAAGCAACCAAGCUGGAAACAAUAAUUUAGGUGGCUCAGUCUCAGCACCAGCUAACUCAGGAAUGGUGGGGAUUGGUGGAGGUGUUACUUUGCUACCAGCAUUUGAAUAUAGGGGAACCUGGAUACCUAUUCUGACAAUCACAGUUCAAGGCAGUGCUAAAGCCACCUACUUAGAAAUGUUGGACAAAGUUGAGCCUCCAACUAUACCUGAAGGUUACGCCAUGUCUGUGGCAUUCCAUUGUUUGCUAGACCUUGUUCGUGGAAUCACAAGUAUGAUUGAAGGAGAGUUAGGAGAGGUUGAAACAGAAUGUCAAACCACCACUGAAGAAGCUUCUUCACCAACACAGUCGACAGAACAGCAGGAUUUACAGUCAACAUCAGACCAAAUGGAUAAGGAAAUUGUUAGUAGGGCUGUUUGGGAAGAAAUGGUGAAUGCCUGCUGGUGUGGUCUUCUUGCUGCACUCUCACUCCUUCUUGAUGCCAGCACAGAUGAAGCUGCCACUGAGAAUAUUUUAAAAGCUGAACUGACUAUGGCUGCUCUUUGUGGAAGACUGGGCCUUGUAACUUCAAGAGAUGCCUUUAUAACUGCAAUAUGCAAAGGUUCCCUGCCUCCCCAUUAUGCUCUUACUGUAUUGAAUACCACCACUGCAGCUACACUUUCCAACAAAUCAUAUUCCGUUCAGGGCCAAAGUGUUAUGAUGAUAAGUCCAUCAAGUGAAUCUCACCAACAAGUUGUGGCAGUGGGUCAACCUUUAGCAGUCCAGCCUCAAGGGACAGUAAUGCUGACUUCCAAAAAUAUCCAGUGUAUGAGGACUUUACUUAACUUGGCGCAUUGCCAUGGGGCUGUUCUUGGAACAUCAUGGCAACUUGUCUUGGCAACUCUUCAGCAUCUUGUAUGGAUUCUGGGAUUAAAGCCUAGUAGUGGCGGUGCCUUGAAACCUGGGAGAGCUGUAGAAGGACCCAGUACAGUUCUAACGACAGCAGUGAUGACAGAUUUACCAGUGAUUUCCAAUAUACUUUCAAGAUUGUUUGAAAGCUCACAGUAUCUUGAUGAUGUAUCACUGCAUCAUUUAAUAAAUGCGCUUUGCUCCUUGUCUCUAGAAGCAAUGGAUAUGGCCUAUGGAAAUAAUAAGGAACCAUCUCUUUUUGCUGUUGCCAAAUUGUUAGAAACUGGUUUAGUUAAUAUGCACCGAAUAGAAAUUCUGUGGAGACCUCUGACUGGCCAUCUACUUGAGGUCUGCCAGCAUCCAAACUCUCGAAUGAGAGAAUGGGGAGCAGAAGCUUUAACUUCCCUUAUUAAAGCAGGAUUAACAUUUAACCAUGAUCCUCCACUCUCACAAAACCAGAGGCUGCAGUUGCUUUUAUUGAACCCAUUAAAGGAGAUGUCCAAUAUUAAUCAUCCAGAUAUUCGACUCAAGCAGUUAGAAUGUGUGCUGCAGAUUCUGCAGAGUCAGGGAGACAGUCUUGGGCCUGGAUGGCCAUUAGUGCUUGGAGUCAUGGGAGCAAUCAGAAAUGAUCAAGGAGAAUCCUUGAUACGAACUGCAUUCCAGUGUCUUCAGUUGGUUGUGACAGAUUUUCUACCAACAAUGCCUUGUACUUGCCUGCAAAUAGUUGUAGAUGUUGCAGGUAGCUUUGGCCUCCAUAACCAAGAACUCAAUAUUAGUUUAACUUCAAUAGGUUUAUUGUGGAAUAUUUCAGAUUAUUUUUUCCAAAGAGGGGAAACUAUUGAAAAAGAACUGAAUAAGGAAGAGGCAGCACAGCAAAAGCAGGCAGAAGAGAAAGGAGUUGUUUUAAAUCGGCCAUUCCACCCUGCACCGCCAUUUGAUUGCUUGUGGUUAUGUCUUUAUGCAAAAUUGGGUGAACUAUGUGUGGAUCCCCGUCCUGCUGUCAGGAAGAGUGCAGGGCAAACUCUGUUUUCUACAAUUGGUGCGCAUGGAACUUUAUUACAGCAUUCAACCUGGCACACUGUUAUCUGGAAGGUACUCUUUCAUCUACUGGACAGAGUUCGAGAGUCCUCUACCACUGCAGACAAAGAAAAGAUUGAGUCUGGAGGUGGCAAUAUUCUUAUUCAUCAUUCAAGGGACACAGCCGAGAAGCAGUGGGCUGAGACAUGGGUAUUAACAUUGGCUGGAGUAGCAAGGAUCUUCAACACUAGAAGAUAUUUGCUGCAGCCUUUAGGAGAUUUUUCAAGAGCUUGGGAUGUUCUUCUUGACCAUAUACAGUCAGCAGCACUCAGCAAAAACAAUGAAGUAUCUCUGGCUGCUCUGAAAAGCUUCCAGGAAAUUUUACAGAUUGUGUCCCCUGUCAGAGAUUCGGAUAAGCCUGAGACACCACCUGUAGUUAAUGUACCUGUGCCUGUUCUUAUAGGGCCCAUAUCAGGCAUGAGCAGGCCAUUUGUAAGAACAGAUUCCAUUGGAGAAAGACUUGGAAGAUAUAGUAGCUCUGAGCCACCCAUUGUUACUGAUGAGCUUGAAGAUUUGAAUCUAUGGUGGGCUGCAUGGAAUACCUGGUAUAGAAUUGGAUCUGAAAGUACUAAGCCUCCUAUUACUUUUGAUAAACUAACUUUUAUUCCUAGCCAGCCUUUUCUUACAGCUUUAAUUCAGAUAUUUCCAGCUCUCUACCAACACAUAAAAACUGGUUUCAACAUGGAUGACUUGCAAAAGUUGGGAGUCAUAUUGCACAGUGCUAUUUCAGUCCCAAUAAGUUCAGAUGCAUCCCCUUUUAUUCUUCCAUCUUAUACCGAAGCAGUUUUGACAAGUUUACAGGAAGCUGUACUUACAGCUUUAGAUGUUCUCCAAAAGGCCAUUUGUGUAGGACCAGAAAACAUGCAGAUAAUGUAUCCAGCUAUAUUUGACCAGUUGUUGGCAUUUGUAGAAUUUUCCUGUAAACCUCCACAGUAUGGACAGCUGGAAACAAAGCACAUUGCAAAUGCAAAAUAUAAUCAGAUCCAACUAUUUGCACCGGCGGAAUGGGUAGCCUUGAAUUAUGUGCCGUUUGCUGAAAGGUCUUUAGAAGUAGUUGUGGAUUUAUACCAAAAAACAGCGUGUCACAAAGCAGUGGUGAAUGAGAAAGUGCUCCAGAAUAUUAUUAAGACUCUUAGGGUUCCUCUCAGUUUGAAGUAUUCCUGCCCUUCUGAAAGCACAUGGAAACUAGCAGUAUCCUCUCUCCUCAGAGUUCUUUCUAUUGGGCUACCUGUUGCCCGGCAGCAUGCUUCUUCUGGAAAAUUUGACAGUAUGUGGCCAGAACUAGCCAAUACUUUUGAAGAUUUUCUCUUUACUAAAAGCAUACCUCCAGAUAAUCUCUCUAUUCAAGAGUUUCAAAGAAAUGAAAAUAUUGAUGUCGAGGUAGUUCAACUUAUCAGCAAUGAGAUACUACCUUAUGCCAAUUUUAUUCCUAAGGAAUUUGUUGGUCAAAUAAUGACAAUGCUUAACAAGGGCUCAAUACAUUCUCAGUCAUCUUCAUUUACAGAAGCAGAGAUUGAUAUUCGUUUGAGAGAGGAAUUUUCUAAAAUGUGUUUUGAAACAUUACUCCAGUUUUCCUUCAGUAAUAAAGUCACAACACCUCAAGAAGGCUACAUCUCACGAAUGGCACUCUCAGUGCUCUUAAAGAGGUCCCAAGAUGUACUACAUCGCUAUAUAGAGGAUGAAAGAUUAAGUGGUAAAUGCCCUCUUCCAAGGCAACAAGUAACAGAAAUUAUAUUUGUUUUAAAAGCAGUCAGUACUCUUAUUGAUUCACUUAAGAAAACUCAGCCUGAGAAUGUUGAUGGAAAUACCUGGGCACAAGUAAUUGCCUUAUACCCAACUUUAGUAGAAUGCAUCACCUGCUCUUCUUCAGAAGUCUGUUCUGCACUUAAAGAGGCACUAGUUCCUUUUAAGGAUUUCAUGCAACCACCAGCAUCCAGAGUUCAAAAUGGAGAAUCUUGACCGGCUACAGUAUAUUUGAAAGAAGGAAGAUAUUCUAAAAAAUGUUUGCUCCUAACUGAGUCUUCUGUGAGAAGGACAUUUCUUACUGCAAAUAAUUCUUGGCAGCUGUUGUUGGCCUCCUUUAAAUUCUACUUACCUGAGUUCAGUAAUUCAUAUUACAGGCUUGCACAUCAACAAAGGCUCCUGAAUGAACAGCAGUGUAAGGCUUUAAUAAAUUAAACUGAUGGGAGGGAUAAUUAACACUACAGUAUACAUGCUACCAUAUCUCCAGUUGGUGAUUUAAAGUGAGCUUAUGUACAGUUUGUGGUGUAUGUGUUAAUGAUGUACUUUUUAAAAAGAAGAGAUAUUUCAAUUCAGUCAGAGUUAUUAGGCUGGUGUUUUUGCACCCUUUUUCAAGUACAAAAUCGUACUAGAAUUUUAUGCAAGAUGGUACUAUAACAUUCCAUAUUAUCUAUAACCAGCCUUUGUUAACAAAGGGAACUGAUAUAAUUGUGUGUAUAAUAAAUGGUACAGUUCUGUAUAAAAUAGUUGCGUUUAUUUAAAUUUUAAAAUUAUUGAUAAUGUUAAAUGCUUAAAGCUCUAUUUAUUAUUAAUACAAAAUUGUUUGCUUACAUUUUUACUUAUAAUUUGCCUUCAUAUGUGGCGGAUAAGCUCACCAUAUGAUCAUGCAGUUAGCUUCAUGCUUAUUUUAAAUGUAUUAUUAGUGACCAUUAAACAUCUGACCAGUGAGGUCAUGUGAACACAGCAGCAAAUAGUUUAUGAUUUGCUGAUUUUGCAACUUUGAAAUAUAGGUUCUUAAUACAUUGAUACAUAUUGUAGCACUAUGACUUCAUCAUACCUCAUUUCUUUAAACAGCUCUCCAAGCUUUCACUGAAGUCUGUCUGUUUUUUAUAUUUGCUGUCUGGAUUUUAAAGACUUUUCAUAUUUUAUAUUUCUACUGAUUUUGUUUCCCCUAACAACAUUUGUCACUGUCUUUGAAUUAUGACCCAGGCAAGAUGAUUUCAGAUUUUCUAAAAUCUUGCCUGUGAGGUUUUGUUCAUAUCAGUGCUUCAUUUUGUAAUGUCUUCUCAAGAAAAAUACCUAUGUUAACUCACAAGUAUAAAGUAUGUGUGUAUUAUAAAACAAUGAAAAGUGUAUUUUUGGAGAUAGUCAAGCAUUUAGAAGUGCAGUGAACUUGCUGUCAUGGAGUAAAAUGCUAAUUAUGUUUCACUUUCCUAUCCUAGUGAAAAAGAAAAGUGCUCUUGAGUACAAUACCUUAAUUAUUUCUUAAAAUACUGACUUUGACCUAGCUCACUGUAUUUUUUAUUUAAUGGAUUAUAGAUUAUAGUAUUUUUCUUCUGAGUUAAAUUUUCAUAAUUUAUGUGAAGACACAAAGAUGUUUAAAACAAUGAUUAUUCAUAAGAAAUCAUAAUGGUCUUGGUAUUAUUUUAGUGUAUUGGAAGGUCUUUGAUCUUAAUAGAAUUUAUAAAUUUCAGCUUCUCCAGAAUAAUCAUAAAACUGCAAAAAGAUAUUAUAAUUGAGUCAUGAUUGAGAUACAGUUUUGAGGCUAUUAUAAUUGUAUAAUUAUUUAAUUUGCACUAUUAACUGUAAAAUGUAAGGUUUUUGAGGGGAUAUUUUUUAUUUACAUGAAUUACUGAAUUUCUAUUUUAUUAUUUCACCUAAAAUUAAGGUAAAAUAUGGCAUUUCCUAAGUUCUGCUUUCAGCAUUUUCCUUAAAGUUGUAAAAAAUCAAACUAUGUACUUAUUUUCCAUAUUUGGGUAUGUUAAAUUGAGGAUUAGAAAAAUCCACAUAAUCACUGAUAAAGCAUUGAAACAGAAUAACCCAAGGGUAGCGUACCAAUUCAGUAACAUGUUAAAAAUAUUGCUAUGCAUUUAUUCAAAGGAAAAUGGUCUAUUCUUGAGAAAUAACAGAUCAGUUGCAAUUAGGAUAAUUAAAUAGUUAAAUAUGAGUCAAGUGUAUGCAAUAUACAUUUAUAUGAACCGAAGCUUGCUUUAUCAGGACCAUGCCCUACAGUUCAAAACAUAAACAUAGUGAAUGUGUUAAUAUCAUAUAAUAAGGUAAUAAAUGCCAGUCUUAGUGUGAAGCAAGUGGAUGACCCCCUUGGUAGUAUAAUUGGACAGGCUUUUCCUCCAGAAUAUUUCCUGUCACCCUCCAAGAGUCACUACAGUAAUUCAUUCCCUUGAGUCAAGCAUUCCUCUAGGUUGCAUUUUCUAAAAUAUUCUGAUUGCUGGUAUGGAACACAUUGCCCUUGUCUUGUUAGUAUGAAUUGGGUUCUCCAGUGAUCAGAAGAACUGGGGUGUGUGAAAUUAUUCGAUGCCAGGAGAUUCAAAAAGGAAGCUCUCAAAGAUAAGAUCAUUUUAUGGCACAAUUGAGUCUAUAACCAGCCCUUUAAGCAGUAGUAAAAAUGUCCUUUGUGAUACUUACUAGAAAUACUAUGAGUUUUUUUUUUUUUCUUUUGAGACGGAGUCUCGCUCUGUCACCCAGGCUGGAGUGCAGUGGCAUGAUCUUGGCUCACUGCAACCUCCGCCUCCCGGGUUCAAGCAAUUUCCUGCUUCAGACUUCCAAGUAGCUGGGAUUACAGACAUGCCACCAUGCCAGGCUAAUUUUUUUAUAUUUUUAGUAGAGAUGGGGUUUCACCAUUUUGGCCAUUCUAUUCUUGAACUCCUGACCUCAGGUGAUCUGCCCGCCUUGGCCUCCCAAAGUGCUGACAUUACAGGCGUGAGCUACUGCGCCCAGCCAAUACCAUGAGUUUUAAGCCUCACAUCGUCACUUGUUGUCACUGCCAGUGCCUGUUUUAUUCAUAUUGCUGGACAACAGGCAUAUGCCACCAAUUGUAUGAUUAAUAAAGUCUUUUUCUGGCCAUUUUGUCCAUUAUAAAGGAAAUAAACUAAUUGUUAACCUGCAUAGAUUACUUCUCAGUUUCCUAUGAUGCUACCACUGCCAAGGGAAAAAAAAAUACAUCAUUUUGUAAUGUCUUUAGUAUUUCUUUAUAACUAGUGUUAAGGUUUUGUUAAUUUUAUUGUAUACAUUUGUAACAUUUAUUAGGAGCCUUUUAGGUUCCAAAACAAACAAAAGGCGUAAAAGUCUAGCUUAGAGAGAACCACUUUUCACUUGCUUUCAUUUUUAAUUUUAUUCACUUAACAGCUAACAUCUCCCUUGUUUCUUGUUUUUUCCAUAUAUGGUUAUCGAUUCAACUCUUGCUGUAUUCCUUAAAUUUGUAUGUAUCAUCAGAAGAAAGAGAUGAACAAUUUAGUGUAGAUAUUUUAUUCUGGAGAAUAAUAUUCAGUUAAAUUAUUUCUACAGCAGGCCAGCAACAACUAGAUUAUUUGUCCUUUCUCAGUAUAAUUUUAAAGAGCAUUUUGUUUUAUUGUCACAAUUUGGUACCACUAGUCCCAGGUAACCAUUGGGCCAAAGGAUCAGUUAAGAAACAGUUAAGGAUGAAUUAGCAUAAGUUAUGGAACAGUGUUAGAAAACAACUCAAAAGUAUAUUCUUUAUUAAUGAGGUGGUCAUUAUUACAUUUGUGUCAAUGAAGGGCAAUGUAGUUAUUUUAUAAUGACUAAUAUUUUCUCCCCAAAUACAGAAUAAUUCAGAUGGGCAACCAAGUUUUCGAGAGACUGAUGUAGGUGAAGUCUGUCUAGCCAAGGCAGAACACUUACAGGAGUCCCUAACUGUGCCACCCUUGGAAUGGGUUAGUGUGCAGGCUCAGAAUAUUAUGGAUUACAGUUUUUCAGAGAAAACUACCACAGAUGUAGACAAAAAUGAUCUCUGAAAGAAUUGCCAGCAGCCAGGUAUGUUCCUUAGAUUUCCACUUAGGUUUGGCAUUUUGGCAGAGAAGCUAAUCUUGUAUAAAGUAUCACAUUUUACUAUGCUUAGUGUUCCUGGGUUGUAUUUAUCUACAUUAUUAGAGGGAAUUUUUAUUUUUAAAAAAAUUACCAUUCAUGAGAAGAACGGGAGUUCAUGCCACAUAGUAUUUUACCAAUUUAUAUAAAGUGGGAAAAGUCUUUAAUGCUUCAUGAUCACUUGAAUUAAAGUUUUUGUAUCUCUGGAAAGUAGAAUAGUGCUUUCAUUUGAAUGAAAAGUGUUUAUAGAUUCAGAAAGAGAUAAUGUCUUUGUAUCUUGAUUUAUAUACAGACCAUUUCAGAGGAGGUUAAAUGUCUUACAAAUCCAAUACUUUCUAAUGCUCUAACAGUGUUGGCUAUUUAAAAGAACAUGUGGCAAGUUCUAUAUGAAUAUUCUUGGUCAUCUUGACUAAUUCUGAGGCAAUGAUGGACAGAGACUCUACCUCUUAUUUAACUCUAGGCAUGUUGACUUUUCAAAGCGGUUUCCUUAUUUCUAAACAGAGAUGAUGAUCAAUGAGUUACUAAUUCUUUAGAGGAAAAAAUGCAUAAUUUGAGUGUGGAGUUGAUUUUAAUGACAUUAGGGUAAUUCAAGUUGUUUGAUAAAUUUAUUACUAUAUCAUAAGAGAGAUCUUUGACCAUUUUUCUUCCUUUUUCUUGGACAUCACUUUCUUCCCUCCCCUUCUCUCUUUUAUGUUUUCUUCCUUGUUAAGUUUUAUGUUUACGUUACCAUCUUUCUUAUACUUUCCCCUGAUUUUUCUCUUUUAAUUCCUCUUUCAUUCUCUGCCUCUUCUCUUUCAGUUCUUUCUCUAAUUGUGCCUAUUCCUUGUUCAUAAGAAGUGGAGCUGUUAGUGGUAGAACCACUGCUCAUUGCCUUUCUAUUAAAUGAGAUUCUAGAAAUACUUUCCACUUUGGCCACUGUUGCAUUUUUGCCAAGGUAAAGUUCCCCUGCCAUUUUGAAAUAGCUGAACAAGUUAAAGUAAUAUGUUCCAAAAACUGGAAGUGCCAUAAAAAAACUAAAAAUAAAAAAAAAUUGUGACUAUAACUCCUACUGUCUUUAUGAAUACACAGGAUUCAGCAGCCAAGAUGCUCACAAAAUGGGAUUGCUAUAAAUAUGAUGGAUUCAGCACCUAAAUUUGGAACAAUCAUGUCUUUUCUGUUAUGUGGGUAGAGAGAUUAUAUAUCUUUUCUCAAAGUAAAGUAUUUAAAACCUGUUUAAAUGAGGGUUUUGGCUGGCAUGGUGGCCCACACCUGUAAUCCCAGCACUUUGGGAAGCCAGGGUGGGAGGAUCACUUGAGGCCAGGAGUUUGAGACUAGCCUAGACAACAUAGCAAGAUCCUAGCUCUAGUUCAAAAAAAAUUUUUUAAUUAGGGUUUUGGUUUUUUAUGAUUUUGGGGGGUGGGGGAGAUAUUUGUUUUUUUGAGGCAGAUGUUUAAACUUUUAGAUUUAUCCCAUCUUAAUAUUUAUUGAUUUAUAAUAUUGACACUGCCUACUUACAAGAAUGAUUUGAGGCAGCAUACUGCCCAUGUAUUUCAACUAUUUUCAUUUUUUCUGUUGCAAAGCAGUCUUUGAUGGAAGACCCAGAAUCUUAUAGUUCUCAUAUCUGAGUCUUUCUGGAGUGUAUUUGGUGUCUGUGUGCUUGGUUCACGCAGAGGUCACCCAGAGGUCAAUUGAAACCUUCCUAAUUAUACUAUGGUAUUGAUUCUGUCCCCUCAAGUAUGAAAAAAUUAAAUUUUCAGACCAUUUUCAGUUGCUGCGAAUGUAGUUACACUAAGUUUUAUUUUAAACUAAAAUUCAAUAAACAGUGCAACCAGGGAAGAUCUGCUAAACCAUGCUGUUAUUUGGAAAAUCAUUGCAAUAUAUUAACAACUGCUUCCUUCUAUGAUGUUUUACUAUAUGGGAGAAAAAUACUCCAUACCUAUAUUGCAAUUUUAUUUUUAUCUAGAAAAAUAAAAUAUUAGGCUUCAGACCCAACUGUGCAAAUUUCAUUUGCUUUCCGUGUCUUACUACUACCUCUGUGUCAUAAUUUAACACAUAACAUACAACUCCUGUCUCUUAAGGCAGCUACCAUAUGGUGUUUAUGUCAGACUGGAUAUAUUUAUCUAAUUUUGUGAAAUUCUUUUUCAGUUCCCAACACAAUUCUUGAAAGUAAUACCACUGUUGUUACUCUUUCUCCUUACAAUUUUUAUGUUGUUGAGCUGUAUCAGUUAUGUAUUAUAAUCAUGAAAUUGUAUUGGCCUCAAACCCAAAUUUUCUUUGUAGUCUAGGAUAGAUUUUUCAUGAAAGCUAUAUAGUUGUAACUGUGAUUGUAUAGAUUAUUUGCUUUACAGCUAACAUUAAGCAUGAUUCCAAGUUUUUAAUUAUGUUCCAGCAACACUAGUAUUUCUUUAUAACUUAAAAUCAUAACCACUUUGAUAAUUUACCUUUGGAUCUGACCAGUGAUUCAUUUUUUUCUUGAAUAUACUUUGUGUUUGCUUUCUCAUCCCCGUUAAGUCUGAAACAUUAUUGACACCCCACAUCACUUACUCUGUUUAAAGACUUUAUGAGUAGUGAGUCACAUGUUUAGGAUGAUCACUUUGGAAAAAAAAAAUUAUAGAGUAAAGGGGAAAUGUUCUUGAGAGCUUUAUUAAAACCAUUAAUAUAUAAAAUGAAAAAAUAAACAGAAGACACGAAGUGUCUCUCAAUAGUUUAGAAAGAAAGAUUUGGAACUUUAAGUAAAAAUGCUAGGUCAAGUAAAAAUGUAAUCCUGAUGUAGAUUAGAUUAUCUUAAUCUUAUGAGCAUUUUUUUUUUUAAUUUGGUGAAGCUGUUUUGAAACUGCCUGUCCAUAUCAAUGCCAGACUAUCUCUCUACCUCUCAAAGAAAAUAAUUUGCAUUAAAAUUCCCUUUUUUGUUACGUAAUGAAAGUAUAAAACAAGAAUUUGUACAUUACUCAGUGUGUACUGCAGUCAGAUAUAGUUAAAAUAAUUUUUCUAAUGCCUAAUUUUAACCACCAUUUCUGGAGUACCUAGUAUGUGCAGGCCAAGGCUUUGCCUAUAUUAUUCCCUUUAAUUGUCAAAGUAGCCUUGCAAAGAAGUUAUUUUCAUUUUACAGAAGAGUCAAGGAUUAGGGGGUUGAAGUGAGCUGCCUGGAGUCACAUACCUAAAGUCCAGGUGGAUCACUAUGUCUUGCUUUUUCAAAAGCAGUUCUUUCUACUACAGUACAAUAGUUUCAUGUUUUACAGUCCAUUAAAAUCCAAGACUUAUAAACUAAAAAUACUCUUGAGGCAAUUAUUUCUAUGAUAGGCAUUGCGACAAAUAUACUUGAACAUAACAAAGAACUUCAAAUAUUGUGAAAAAAAGAUUUGUCUUAACGAUGACCUUGAAAGUUGCAUUGGGUUUUUAUUAUUGGUCUAGGUUUAAAACAUUUUAUCUAUUUAAAACAUAUGUUGUGUGUUUUAAGAAGUUAUGUUAAAAAUAACAGCAUUGUGGUUAAGAGCCCAGAGUCUGGGGCCAGACUUCUUAGAUGCAAAUCCCAACUCUGUUAUUUUACUAAAUGUGUGACCUUGGGCAAGUUAAUUAACCUGUUUUGGUGUCCUCCUCUGUGAAAUGGAGUUAAUCGUGGUAUUUAACAGAAUUUAAAAUGUAGUGUGUUCUAAAGCGCUGUGCCUGGAGCAUCAUCACCACUAGGUAGUUAGGGAAGUAAAAUACAUUUGGCACACAUCAUUCAAGAACGGCCAGAAAAUCCAUGUCUUCCCACAAUAGGGACCAAUUUUUUGCCUUUCACCAGACAACCACUGAAUGUUAAGAAUCUACUGUGUGCUAAUAACUGUGUCCUUGCUGUAUGUGACAGAAGCUAUUUGGAGCACUCUCAAGUGCUUAUUAUAGCUAGUCAAGGAAACCGCAUAUAUAAAAUAAUACUGGAUACAAGACUAUACAAUUAAAUACUGGUGUAUCACUAACAACUCUUUAGACCCUGUUUUUGCGUUAGGCAUUGGGUUAGUCUCUGUCCUCAUGGAGUUUUCAGUUUUAUAGGGAAUACAGACCUUUUAACAAGUAUGUAAAAUAUAGUAAAAGACAAGUACAGAUUAAAAUGAGAUCAUAAAAUAAGAACCUUAGCCAAGUCUUUUGUGGUUUCAGGUUAAUAGUGCUGUUAGAAGGAAGUUUUUUAAAGAAAUGAAAAAGCUCAGUGGUUAAGAUAGAAAUUAAAGUUAGUCUUGAUGGCUACCUAGAUUUUGGAUGAGUUCAAAGGAUAUAUGGAGGGAUUUCAGGCAAGAUAAUAUGAGCAAGGCAUAUCUGUGAAAUAGAAAACAGUACAUUUUGGUGUAUUGUGUGAAACAAGGUUGGUUGUGAAGGAUUGGGUCCCUGCAUAAAAUUCCUUGAAAGCCAAGGAGAGUAGUUUAGAUUUGAGAUGGCAGGAGUCCGGAGUGAUUUAAGAAUAAAUUAUAAAACCAAGGAAGAUAAACUUGCAAUCAUAAGCAGGAUAGGAUAUAUACAGUAUGGAAAGCUAAGCUAGAAAGCUGUUGCAAUUUUCUUGCUACGAGGUGAUGAUAACAAGAAUUGAUUCACUAACGGUGGUCAUAUUCAGAAAGGAUACUUAAGAUUCCUGAUAUGCGGGGAGGGGGGAGAAAAAGUUGAUGGUAACAGUACAUUAUAUGUGGAUGAUGAAUAUAUUGGUGUUAGCACUGUGAAAAACAUUAUGGAAAGGAAUCUAAGUGAUUAAAGUAGUAUAAUGACUAAAUUUAGUUGGAAACUACUGCUGUAACAAAUCUGUAUACCAUAGACCAAACAGGUGUUUAGUGGCCAUUUAAAAAUCUGUGCCAUUAUGGCAAAGGACAUUUGCUUUGGCACAGAAUAAUCUGAUCCACUGCGCAGUCAAUGAGCAGUGAGGAUUGAUUCCCAUGGCCGUCCAAUCUUUGCUUAUCAAAGAAGGAUGGUGUGAAGUUUCUACAGACUUUCUGGUAGGUGAUUGAUAGGUGAGUUUAUGCUUAGGGAUUGAUAGGUGAGUUUAUGCUUUGUCAACUAAAGCAUUUAAUUGCAAAUGUAUUAUGUUUACACAAAUAAAUAUUCUUAAUUGGAAAUAGUUUCUGAAUAUGCACGUAAAAAUGUUGUUAUGUAAUAUGUCAGGCAGGCUGAUUUUUAACUCGAAAACUUCUACUUUAAGAAACUGAGUCCCAUCGCCUAUAUCAUGUAGAAUAGAAACAAAAAGCCAGUUAUUUAAUUUUUAAUUUGCAAUUAAACUCUUGGCCAAGAGGAUCUGUUGUCCAAAAUUACAUCGUGAUAGCUUCAGAAAAAAAAAAAAAAAAAAAUCUUACUUUGCCAGAAAGGGAAUUAUACAAGGAUAUCUUUAUGAGUUGCUGCCAAAUUUUGUAAUUUUGUUCUAGACCACGGCCCUCUGGCCUCCAUGAAGGAUCAAAGUCUGGGCAAAGACAAUUCUAAGUUGUAGGUAAACAUGCUUUUCAUUUCCCUCCAUUCCUUACUUUUGUCAUAAGCAGUCUGGAUUUUCAGGGGUAAGGCUGAUAGGGUUGCCAGAUAUAGUCAUUAAAAAUUGAGAAUGUGCAGUUAAAUUGGAAUAUCAGAUAAACAAUUUUAAAAAUAUAUGUAACACACAUAUGCCAAAACACUGGUUAUUUGAAAUUCCAAUUUAACUGAGCGUCCUGUAUUUUAUCUGACAAGCCCUAACUUCUUUAAAAUAAUUUGUUAACCUCCUACAAAAAAAUCUCUAAAUGGGAGGAAAAAAAAAAUCCCGUAAGUUGUCUGGGCCAAAAGCAGAAGUGGCUCCAUGGCAGCCAGCCUUCUCCCUAACUUGGCUUAAAAAGGAAAAGCCAAAACCAGAAGUCCCAAAAGCUUGCGUUUAAAGCGAGCUGUGCCGCAGCUUUCCCGCCUGUUUUCUGCGGAAUGUAGCACGGCGGCCACCCCGCGUGGGUGGGGCUCGUAUGGUUGUGUCCUUGCUGGUUGGGAAAGGAGGUGCCGGAAACUUCAAACCACGGCCAGGGUACAACGUGUCCGCUUAGGCGGCGGUAUGCGCCGCCAUCUUCUUUGCGGGCAAAGGCCGAAAAAAGUUUGGUACUCCACUUUCACCCGCUGAGCCGAUGGAGGGCAUCACCCGCUGCCUCAGCACUCCGGUGACGUGCAAUCGGGGUCCCCUCUUUCAAGGCUGAUUUCUGGUGGCACGUCGAAGCCUGCCAAGGCGGGGAAAGGGGACGCCGCCUCUCUCCCGGAUGUAAGAUGGCGGCGCGGGGGGCGGCCUGGUGGGGCGGUCACGUGGUGAGGAGUAGCGCGCGAGCUUCCUUAAGUGAUCUCUAAGGUUCGUCCGGACGCACAGGAGCAGCGGAGCGCGAGACGGGUCUUGUGUCCGCACGCGUCGAGUCGUCGCUGUCGCCACCCGGGCCAUCGCCCGGCCCGGUUUCACUGUUAAGGGGUUUUCGUUUGUUCCGUUUUCGCCUCCUGUAGCGCUGAACGGGAAUUCCCCGAAGGGUGCUGGGGAACGGGUGGCCUGGGGACUUCCCGGCUAUGCCUUGGCUGCUGUUUGGCGGAGCCGGCGGCAGCCUCUGCUGGAUGCACCCCGGCGAUUAUCGGCGCCGAGAGCGGGCCGGCGGCGGGUUCGACAGCGCGGCGCGGGUGGGGGCGCGGGUGCCGGACUCGGCCGCAGCCCAGCCCCCACCGGGGGCUCGGAGCAGGGAGGGGCGCGAGCGGCGCAGCUCGGGACGUGGCGGCAGCUCCUAGCGGGCGAAGCGCGGGAGCGCUGCUCGCUGCCUCUCGGGGGCAGUCCAGAACCAGUUGGUGUCUGACUGCGCUUUUGCCGCCCAUUUCCUGCUUUCGAGCGGCUGAGGCGACGCGCUCCCUUCGGGCAGUGGAGGGAGCGGCUCUCUCCGCAGGACACCGCCUUCUUUCUCUCUUCAGAGCGGUGGCUGACGUAGAGAACGCCGGCUGUAACACCCGGGCGCCGGCGCCGGCUCUCAUCCCCGUAGCUCUCGGGGGGCGCCGGGAGCAGCCGAGCCGCUGGGUGCUGGGCGGGGUCUCCGGGCGCGGCGCGGUGGGGAAGGCAAAGGAAAAGAAGGGGCGGCGGGCCGACGUCGGCGGCGAGGAAGGACGGAGGAGCGCCGGAGCCGCUUUGCUGCCCUCCGCGUGGUCCCGUGCCUCCCCGACACCAUGGCCCUGGCUGAGGUAGUAGUUUGUGCUGUUGGUCGGGUUGUGACAUUGCCCGCUGUGGAGAUAACUGCGCAAGCUACUGCCUUGCUAGUGCUGGUGAUGCUCAGCGCCGCGGAGGACAAUGGCUGGGAAUCCCCUUUGUUUUCCGGGGCGCUGCCUGGGGACAGCCCGCGAAGCCUCGGCGCCCGGCCGGCGCGGCCACCACCGGAACCGUUAGUUUCACAUUUUCCUAGAAGGAAUUGAGGGGAGUGGGGUGGACCGCGAUGCAUUUUAAAGGUUGGGAAAGAGCUAAGCCAUUGGAUUCCUUUUCUUGAAGGAAGGAGUGGAAUUGUGUAAGAUAAUUGAUACAGAUAACUUUUUCACCCUGAAAAAUUCUAACACUUCUUUCAGCAGUUAAAUGCCAAAUUUAGUGUGUACCUGUUUUACUUCAUUCUUUAGCUCUAGGUUGGAGUGGUGUGAGCGAUCUGCAGAACUGGCAUUAGAGGGGCAGAAGUAGACCUGAUAAUUAAAGUUUAUGCCUUAACAUUUUAGAUCUGGUUUCUGAUAUGCUCUCUUAGUAAAUCUGAGCGUGUCUUUAAAAACGUAAACCCAAAGCAAUUUAAAGUUUCUCUUUAAACUUUGCAACUCGCGAAUGAGAAGAUUGAAAUUAUUUGUAGGUAAUUGCACUAUUCCGAUUUUUUAAUGUAUGAGGCAAACAAAUAAAUUCUAUGUACAGUGUGCUGUGAA